GCAUGGCAGGCCGUCUUAACGCGUUCUCAGUGGUCUCACAAGACCCCUCAGACACUUUCCCCCCUUCUUCCCGACCUUCCUGUUGUAUCCUCAGCUCUCACUGACAUCCUCAUCUACAUUGUACGCGAUUUUGUGUUAGUAUGGUACACCGACAUCUCCAACUCUCCAUCGUUCCCAAUGGCUGUUUCCUCAACUCUUCACGACUCUAUUGAGCGUUUUCUAAGCCAAUCCGCUAACCUCGACAUGCCCUCUCUGGUCGUCAAACGUAUCCUCCCCGAGAUCACCUCUCACAUUGAACAGUUUCGCCAGUCUGAGGUUGCACUUCGCGGCGCCGGCUUGGAGCGACGUUUGACCCACUCGGAGGAGCUAGAUAUGCUUUUAGCCAGUAGGUACGCUGGGAAAGGUAACGGUAAACUGCACCCGGCCGUGGACAACCUCUCUUCGACGUUUACCAGGCAGAGCGAGGAGGCACACCUGCGCAGCAUUGCUGAUAAGAUCCUCUCCGCUUGUCUUCCCGAGGUUGAGGCUCAAAGCACUACCCUGAAGAUCGUUGUUCGAGAGAUUUUGGCGUGUUCAGUACUUUAUCCUGUCAUGGAGAUGUUGUCGGAUCCGGACUUUUGGAAUCGUACAAUAGAACAAGUUGCUGGAGCAGCUAUUCACCAGCAGAAGCUUGUCUCUAAAGUCAGAAAUGUACUGGAAGCGCAAUCUCUCCGCCGCCAUGCGCCUACGUCUUUGCGCGUGCCCAAAUCAGACCUCAUCACCGUACAAACCGAUGUUCGCCAGUUUGAAUCUUUCCUGCGUGGUAUCAAUCGUUGUUCUUCUUUGCUUGAUGCACGUCGGCUCAAGAACGACAUAAUGGGUGAAAUACGCAGGACUAGGCAAUUGUUGUCCAGCCAUGAGAAUGAUGACUGGAUCAAUGGCGAGAAGACAGAAGAUGUUGUGGCUUUUCUUGAUCGUCUCUACACGGCGAAACGCACAGUUGAACAGCGCAUUGUCGUCCUUGGAGGAGAAGAUAGGCCGACAGCUUCUUUGGAGGACCCAAAGGCAAAGCACAGACUCAGCCUACGUGACGUUUUGGGAAACCCAGGUUCUCUCUCGUAUCUCAUGGAAUUCAUGGAUCGCCGCCAUCGUUCUUUGCUUGUUCAAUUUUGGCUGACUGUAGAGAGCUUCAAGAAUCCUCUUGAGUCAGUGGACUCUAGUUCAUCCGGGGACGACGAGGAGCAGCUGCAGGACCCAGCAAGUUCCAAGACUCUGAAAGAAGACAUUUCCAUGAUCAAUGACCUGUACUUUGCAGUCACUCCCCCUCAUCCAUCGCUCUCGUCCGUUUCCCAUAGAUAUGUGAACAGCAUCCGAUCUUUCGCUCUUCAGAAUGAUCCUUCCCCUGCCGAUGAGCGCCGUGUGCGUCGGAGUGUUAUGUUUGCACAAAGACAGGUAGAGCAGGACAUGGAGCAAGACUUUGAGGAGUUCCAAAAGUCUGAGCUGUGGUUCCGUGUCAUCGAGGAUAUUGAUCUUGGCAAUGCUAAGGUGCCAUCCCCACUCUCAUUCAAACCUCGGUCUAUCUCUCCCCCGCCUCCUAAAUCGAAGUCAUUGCCCAACGUAGUGCGGUCAGAGUCUACGCCGACGCUACACACCACGUUUGAGAGUGGCUUCCGGCCUCAGCGCACCCCACCUACUCCUCCUGCUUCUAGAACAAACAUCGAGGUGCUGAUGUCUCCAGUCUCUGAUACGGCUUCAGAGACACAUCGAACACCUCUGUUUGAUGAUCCCGAUGAUCCCAGGCCAACGGUCGAGGAGUCUCAGCGCAUUGAGGCAAUCCAGGCAGCAUUGACUGAUAUAAUUGCGACAGACCAGGGUGCUGAACAACGUAAAGACCAGCGCGAAAGGACGAACGGCUUAAGCUCCAGCCUUCUGAGUGUGGCUUCUGGGCGAGGGAUGUUUGAUGACGAUAUUGAGGCGGAGGAACCUGUGCCUGAUGACGAAGAGGAGCAAUCGCUAGAUGCUGAACAGAGCUCCUUCCAACUUGCAGGACCCGGCGACCUCCAGCUCUCGUAUGAGAUCAACCGUUUAGGAGAUAAGAUUACAAAACUAGAAGCACACGACUCAACGCUGGACGCGCUAAUCAGGAAAGCGGAACUCACCGGCGACGCUCAAGAGCUUCGUCUCCUCCGCAAGGCCAAGUCAUCGAUGAGCCGAGAGCUCCGAGAGCUUCAAUUUCAAAAGUCGCAAUAUGAACAACAAGAGUCGGCGAACCGGCUCGUCUCCGACCGCACACGAGUGUCCAUUGUUAGCUCGACUGUCGGCGAGGAAGACGGCAAAUCUGUCGUACGCUAUCUUAUCGAGAUCCAGCAGCUUGCGCAAGAUGGAACGUUUGCGUCUGGCUGGGUCGUUGCACGGCGGUACAACGAGUUCUCCCGCAUGCAUAACAAAUUGCGAGAACGAUAUGGAGUGGUCCGUACUCUCGAUUUCCCGGGGAAACGUCUCGUCACUGCUUUGUCCUCGAGCUUCGUUGACACGCGGAGGGUAGCGCUGGAAAGGUACUUACAGAGCUUGAUUGCCAUACCUGCCGUAUGUGAAAGUCAGGAGUUACGCACCUUUCUCUCGCGCGAAUCCCCGUUUAUAGCUGCUGAGGUUCCGGAUAACCCUACCAAGGCCGCUGCCAGCUCUUCGGGGAAGAAUAUUGUCCAAACCUUCUAUCGCUCCGUUGCCGAAAGCAUUGACGACAUGAUCUUUGGGCCGUCUAUGCUCGACGUCAUGAUACAGCGACUCACGCGUCAAGCCGCCGAAUUUGCAGGUGUUGUCGGCACAUCCGUCAACGACGAGGACUUUGUUGCACAAGCGCUCAAGGCCUUCGGGAAGAGCACGUCUGAGGACAGCUUCAUGCAGGUGUCGGGUGGAUUGCACCCGCUGGAGGGUGAAACGAGUACAUCGACAUUCUCGGCUCCCAUUUGUGACCUGAUGCUGGCCAUUUUUGAACUUAAUAAGAAGAAUAACUGGUUGCGACGGCAAGCAAUUGUUAUAAUCUUGCAGCAAGUUUUUGGUGAUACGGUUGAGCGAAAAAUCCGGGAGAGCGUGAAGUCGCUUUACGAUGAAAGCCGGAUCAUGCCAGUGCUCAAUCUCUUCAAAAAUGCUCUGUGGCCAGGUGGAAAGCUUCGGCCACCUAUCCCGCUAAGGACAAAUGAAGAGAAGGCGCGUACGCGAGACGAAGCGAAUCGCAAGUUAUCCGCGCUUAUUCCAGAUCUUGCUGCCAAUAUGAUCGGUCGUUCGAACGCUCGCCGAGGUGCACGUCGUAUCUUCGCUGUACUACAGAACAGGCGCCUGAAUCAGCACAUCGCGUACACCAUCUUGGAUGAGCUUGUAGCUACACUGUUCCCGGCGAGUGUAACACCUCAGUAACAACUGCAGGCGGACGGAAUGUUAUGGAGCCUGCACUUCGAUUUACGCUCUGGACUUUUGAGUUCUCGUAUCAGAUACCUCUUGUUAAUCUAGACACGAUCAUGAUAAUUACGACCCCUCUAUGACUGUUCUGAAACAAAAUGAUUUUCAGUUGAAC